UCAAUUUUUUGAGGCCAUGAAAAAUCUGAGUAAUCAAUGACGCGAGAUGUAACGUAGUAACGGGGAAAGAAAGGGCCAUUCUCCGUUGUCACUUUUCACUAUCACCCACUCCAAACCCUUCGUCGAUCUCAGAUCUUCCACAAUGACAACUCCGACGCCGCUGAAGGCCGUGACGCUAACCCACGUGCGCUACCAAAGAGGCGACGGCGUGGGCCAUUUCCUGGCCUGGAUAUCCCUCGUCCCCGUCUUCAUCUCUCUGGGUGGCUUCGUCUCGCACUUCAUCUUCCGCCGCGAGCUCCAAGGCAUCUUCUUCGCCCUCGGCCUUAUCGUCUCCCAAUUCAUCAACGAAGUCAUCAAAACCUCCGUCCAGCAAGCCCGCCCCGCCACCUGCGCGCUCCUCGAGAUGUGCGACUCUCACGGCUGGCCCUCCAGUCACUGCCAGUACAUGUUCUUCUUCGCCACCUAUCUCACCCUCCUCUCCCUCAGGGGCCUCUCCUUCUGGCACGUGCGCGAUAAUCCCCUCCUCCACGCCCUCACGUGGUCCCUCGCGGUUCUCACUAUGUAUUCUCGGGUUUACUUGGGCUACCAUACGGUUGCGCAGGUGUUCGCCGGAACCGCGCUUGGGGUUUUUCUCGGCGCGGUUUGGUUUUGGGUUGUGAACUCCGUUUUGCAUCCGUACUUUCCGAUUAUUGAAGAGAGCGCGUUUGGGAGGUGGUUUUACGUGAAGGACACUUCUCAUAUACCUAAUGUGUUGAAGUUUGAGUAUGAUAUGGCCAGGGCUGAGAGACGGAAGGUGGCGUUGAAUUCUAAGUCGGAUUGAUUGGUAUGUUUGAACCUGCUUCAUGUUUAGGCACAUUGCUUCGAAUUUUUCUUCUAGGAUUUGUAUUCACAAGUAUUUAUGGCAGUAUUACUAUAGCUUUAUUUUGUGGAGCUUUCCACUAUAGAAGCCAACUGGCUGAGCCACUCAGGUAUAAAUGGCAUCUAUGAAGAGAGCAGCAGAGCACACUGACAUGGUACUACGGACCUAUGAUGCCUGUGAAAUAGAACUGAUGUAUGAAUAGAUGGCUACCUGAUGUUAUAGAUAGACAUGAAUAUUUUAUCUUGUUUUCUUACAUGGGUUUUAGACAACAUACAUUGACACAAAUACAACCAAGGGAUUGUUCAAAUCAUUGAUAAAUUUAUAAAUUUAUAAAUUUCUGGUUUGCACCUAAAAUAUAUUGUGCAAGCUCUA